GGCUCAUGGCGGCGGCGGCGGCGGCGGGGACGGCGCCGGCGGCUCUCGGCGGCUGGAGCCGGAUCCUGUAGCCCGGGCGUGGGCCCGCGUCAGUCCCGUCCCUCCUCCGGGCCCCCUCGCGUCUUCCGGAGUGUGGCCGCGGGGCCGCGAUGGCGGAGCGAGGCCCGGAGCCGGCGGCGGCCGCGGUGGCCGCGCUGCCCCCCGAGGUGCGGGCGCAGCUGGCGGAGCUGGAGCUGGAGCUGUCGGAGGGGGACAUCACCCAGAAAGGCUAUGAGAAGAAAAGGUCCAAACUUCUGUCUCCUUAUAGCCCGCAGACCCGAGAAACCGACUCAACAGGACAGAAAGACAGAAACCAAACUCCCACUGCCGCUCAGACUUCUGCUCCUUCCAAGUAUCACCGAGCGCGAUCCGGAGGGGCCAGAGAUGAGCGGUACCGAUCAGACAUCCACACGGAAGCAGUCCAGGCUGCUCUGGCAAAGCACAAAGAACAGAAAAUGGCUUUGCCCAUGCCCACCAAGAGGCGGUCCACAUUCGUCCAGUCUCCUGCGGAUGCCUGCACGCCUCCCGACACGUCUUCGGCCUCUGAGGAUGAGGGCUCUCUGAGGCGCCAGGCCGCGCUGUCCGCUGCCUUGCAGCAAAGCUUGCAGAACGCCGAGUCCUGGAUCAACCGCUCCGUUCAGGGAUCGUCCACCUCUUCGUCGGCGUCCUCCACGCUGUCCCACGGAGAGGUGAAAGGGACCAGCGGGUCUCUAGCUGACGUGCUUGCCAGUGCUCGACUAGAGAAUGUCUCCGCUCCUCCUGAUGUCACUGCCACUGCCCCCUCCUCCUCAAUUCGCCCAGCAAACAUUGACCUGCCCCCCUCCGGCAUUGUUAAAGGUGUGCACAAAGGGCCCAGCAGAUCCAGCCUCAUGGACACAGCUGACGGUGUUCCUGUGAGCAGUAGAGUGUCUACAAAAAUCCAGCAGCUUCUCAACACUCUGAAGCGACCCAAAAGGCCCCCCCUAAAGGAGUUUUUUGUGGACGACUCUGAGGAAAUUGUGGAAGGUAUACCUCAGCCAGAUCCCAACCAGCCGAAGCCUGAGGGCCGCCAGAUGACUCCGGUGAAAGGGGAGCCCCUGGGAGUCAUCUGCAACUGGCCACCUGCCCUGGAAUCUGCCCUGCAGCGCUGGGGCUCCACCCAAGCCAAGUGCCCGUGCCUGACGGGGCUGGACGUGACGGGGAAGCCAGUCUACACCCUCACUUACGGAAAGCUGUGGAGCAGAAGUUUGAAGUUGGCUUACACACUGCUUAAUAAACUGGGGACCAGAAACGAACCAGUGCUGAAAGCUGGAGACAGGGUUGCCCUGGUUUACCCCAACAAUGAUCCAGUUAUGUUUAUGGUGGCUUUCUAUGGAUGUCUCCUGGCAGAAGUGAUUCCAGUGCCCAUAGAAGUACCCCUGACCAGAAAGGACGCCGGAGGUCAGCAGAUCGGCUUCUUGCUAGGGAGCUGUGGGAUUGCCCUGGCGCUCACCAGUGAGAUUUGCCUGAAGGGCCUGCCAAAAACCCAGAAUGGAGAAAUCGUGCAGUUUAAAGGUUGGCCUCGGCUCAAGUGGGUUGUGACCGAUUCCAAGUACCUUUCGAAGCCUCCCAAAGACUGGCAGCCGCACAUCUCGCCGGCGGGCACGGAGCCAGCGUACAUCGAGUAUAAAACAAGCAAAGAAGGGAGUGUGAUGGGAGUUACAGUGUCCCGGCUUGCAAUGCUGUCUCACUGCCAAGCUCUAUCACAGGCCUGCAAUUAUUCUGAAGGAGAAACCGUGGUAAAUGUUUUAGACUUUAAGAAGGACGCUGGGCUGUGGCACGGCAUGUUUGCGAAUGUAAUGAAUAAGAUGCAUACAAUUAGCGUACCCUAUUCUGUCAUGAAGACCUGUCCUCUCUCUUGGGUCCAAAGAGUCCAUGCGCACAAAGCCAAAGUAGCCCUAGUGAAGUGCCGAGACCUCCACUGGGCCAUGAUGGCCCAUCGGGACCAGAGGGACGUGAGCCUCAGUUCUCUCCGCAUGCUCAUCGUCACUGACGGCGCCAAUCCCUGGUCUGUGUCAUCCUGUGAUGCUUUCCUGAGUCUGUUCCAAAGCCACGGACUGAAGCCUGAGGCCAUCUGUCCUUGUGCCACCUCCGCUGAGGCCAUGACCGUCGCCAUCCGCAGACCUGGGGUUCCAGGGGCUCCUUUGCCAGGAAGAGCCAUCCUUUCGAUGAACGGAUUGAGCUAUGGAGUAAUCCGGGUUAAUACUGAAGAUAAGAACUCGGCGCUGACAGUGCAGGAUGUGGGGCAUGUGAUGCCCGGGGGCAUGAUGUGUAUUGUGAAGCCAGACGGCCUUCCUCAGCUCUGCAAGACAGAUGAGAUUGGAGAGAUCUGUGUGAGUUCCAGGACUGGAGGAAUGAUGUACUUUGGACUUGCCGGCGUGACCAAAAAUACAUUUGAGGUGAUUCCAGUGAGUUCUUCGGGCUCGCCUGUGGGAGAUGUUCCCUUCAUCCGGUCAGGACUGCUGGGCUUUGUAGGGCCGGGUAGCUUGGUGUUCGUGGUUGGAAAAAUCGAUGGCCUACUCAUGGUCAGUGGUCGGAGACAUAAUGCUGACGACAUCGUUGCCACUGGGUUGGCUGUGGAGUCCAUGAAGACCGUCUAUCGGGGCAGGCACACUGGCCUUCUUGCUGCUGCUCCCUACCUCAGAACCUUUCCGCUUUCCGCUCCUUCUGCCCGGAGUCCUCCUCCUCCAGAUCUUCGCGUGGCUCGGGUCCUCACCUCACUCAGGAUUGCCGUGUUCUCUGUGUCUGUGUUUUAUGACGAGCGCAUUGUGGUGGUGGCGGAGCAGAGACCGGAUGCAGCUGAGGAGGACAGCUUCCAGUGGAUGAGCCGUGUGCUGCAGGCGAUCGAUAGCAUCCAUCAAGUAGGCGUCUACUGUCUCGCUCUGGUGCCUGCCAACACGCUACCAAAAACUCCACUAGGAGGGAUCCACAUAUCCCAGACAAAGCAGCUCUUUCUGGAGGGUUCUCUACACCCGUGUAAUAUCCUCAUGUGCCCACACACGUGUGUGACCAACUUGCCAAAGCCCCGACAAAAGCAGCCAGGGGUAGGCCCUGCUUCGGUGAUGGUUGGCAACCUGGUCGCUGGUAAACGCAUCGCACAAGCUGCAGGAAGGGACCUGGGGCAGAUAGAGGAGAAUGAUCUAGUGAGGAAACACCAGUUCCUGGCGGAGAUUUUGCAGUGGCGAGCCCAGGCAACCCCUGACCAUGUGCUCUUCAUGCUGCUGAAUGCCAAGGGCACCGCCGUGUGCACAGCGAGCUGCCUGCAGCUCCAUAAGCGGGCAGAGAGGAUCGCCUCCGUGCUUGGCGACAAGGGACAUCUGAACGCAGGGGACAACGUGGUGUUGCUCUACCCGCCCGGCAUCGAGUUGAUCGCUGCAUUCUACGGCUGCCUGUACUCGGGCUGUAUCCCUGUGACCGUGCGGCCUCCUCAUGCUCAGAACCUCACGGCCACCCUGCCUACCGUGCGCAUGAUCGUCGAUGUCAGCAAAGCUGCGUGUGUCCUCACCACUCAGACUCUGGUGAGGCUGCUCAAGUCCCGGGAGGCGGCGGCGGCCGUGGAUGUGAAAACCUGGCCAACCCUCAUCGACACAGAUGACUUACCCCGGAAACGGUUGCCUCAGCUGUAUAAACCGCCCACUCCUGAGAUGUUGGCGUACCUGGACUUCAGUGUCUCCACUACCGGCAUGCUGACGGGAGUGAAGAUGUCCCACUCGGCAGUCAACGCCCUGUGCAGAGCCGUCAAGCUGCAGUGCGAGCUCUACUCCUCCCGGCAGGUCGCCAUCUGCCUCGACCCUUACUGUGGCCUUGGCUUCGCGCUCUGGUGUCUCUGCAGUGUCUACUCAGGCCACCAGUCUGUCCUGAUCCCUCCUAUGGAGCUGGAGAGCAAUCUGUCCUUAUGGCUGGCCACUGUCAACCAGUACAAGAUAAGGGACACCUUCUGCUCCUACUCCGUGAUGGAGCUCUGCACCAGAGGCCUGGGGAACCAAGUGGAGGUGCUAAAGACCCGAGGGAUCAACCUCUCCUGUAUCCGGACCUGUGUGGUGGUAGCAGAGGAGCGGCCCCGCAUCGCCCUCCAGCAGUCCUUCUCCAAGCUCUUCAAGGACAUUGGCCUGUCCCCUCGAGCUGUCAGCACCACAUUCGGAUCCAGAGUCAACGUCGCCAUCUGUUUACAGGGAACCUCAGGGCCUGACCCCACAACUGUGUACGUGGAUCUGAAGUCACUGAGACAUGACAGGGUCCGUCUGGUGGAGCGGGGGGCACCUCAGAGCCUCGUGCUGGCUGAGUCUGGAAAGAUCUUACCUGGAGUAAAGGUUGUUAUUGUUAAUCCCGAGACCAAAGGACCCGUUGGAGACUCUCACCUUGGUGAGAUCUGGGUGAACAGCCCGCACACAGCCAGCGGCUACUACACCAUCUACGACAGUGAGACCCUCCAAGCUGAUCAUUUCAACACGCGCCUGAGCUUCGGGGAUGCCGCCCAGACCCUGUGGGCCCGGACAGGGUACCUUGGGUUUGUCCGCAGGACUGAGCUCACGGCGGCCACUGGAGAACGUCACGACGCCUUGUACGUGGUGGGCGCGCUGGAUGAGACGCUGGAGCUGAGGGGACUGCGGUACCACCCCACAGACAUCGAGAACUCGGUGUCCCGGGCGCACAGGAGCAUUGCCGAAUGUGCCGUGUUCACGUGGACCAACUUGCUGGUGGUGGUGGUGGAACUGUGUGGCUCCGAGCAGGAGGCCCUGGACCUGGUUCCUCUCGUGACGAAUGUGGUCCUGGAAGAGCACUACCUCAUCGUCGGGGUUGUGGUCGUGGUGGACCCAGGGGUGGUCCCCAUCAACUCGAGAGGGGAGAAACAGCGCAUGCACCUCCGAGACAGCUUCCUGGCCGACCAGCUGGACCCGAUCUAUGUGGCCUACAACAUGUAGCCAGCCCUGAGGGAAGACGGUGGGUGUAGCCCUUGGGUGCUGCUGAGCGCUGGGAACGGGCUGCCGUGCUGGCGACACGCGGCAUGUGCAUCACCCCUGAGCCCUGGCGUCCACGGCAGCUCGCACUGAAGCAGCUCCAUGCAUGUUGCAGUUUUCCCAUCUGGUAUACGUACUGCAUUUCUACCUAACGGUUUAGAUGUUUGUGAGGGAGUUUAACGAGUUCCCGUGAGGGCGAUGUGUGUCCCACACUCCCCGCCUGUAUGCACUUGCCAUUUUCCUCUUGUGCGGUGUUCUGCAGGGUUUCUGAACAGGAAACUGCCGAGCCCAAGUCAGCAAGUCAAGUGACUUGCGUGAGAACCGCUGUAUGUGUCUAAUUCUUAGUCGUAAGCCUUCUGACCAGUGUUUGAAUGUGUAAAUAAGUGCACAUAAUUCAACUAAAGAACCGGCAGUUGGCUUGCUUAACUGCGGCCAGCCGGGUGGCGGGCUCCGCUGGAGGGCCCAGCAGCGCAGCGCCGCCUGUGGGCCGCCUGGCACCCGGCACCCAGCGCCUGCGCUUGUUUGUGCUUGUGUGCGCUUGCACCGCAGUUUGCCUGAGCUUCUAAGGAUUCUUCAACCCGUUCCUCUGAGAAAGCCCUCACGGCAGAAUGUAGAUAGCUAAGCGUCAGCAGUUCCUGACCUGCUCUCCUGAUCGGCAGAGGUGCGCUUGGCCAGUGUUGGACCUUUCGCGUCUAGAGUGACCUCAGGAGAAUUGCUAACGUCGCUGCUCCGCGCUGUGUCGUCCGCUGGAGCAGGAGGACCGGACCCUGUGCCCCCAGCGCUGGGAGGGCCAGCGCUGGCCGGGGCAGGGUCAGCUGGCUCAGGGAACUGGAGGCCGCAUAAACGCACCCUACCGACAACCAGUUUGGGAGGCGGAGCAUCCAGGCUCCUCUGAAGCAGCAGGUCUGACGUAUGCAAGAGACUCUGGAUGGAGCUGGAGCCAGACUGCACACAUGGGGCUGAGUCUGGAUUCUGGCUCGGUCUCCAUUCUUUGGUCUGAAACUUCAUGUAUUUGAAUAUAGUUAAAUUUUAUUAUUUUUUUCUUACAGAAAUAUUUUUAAAAAUUAAAGAAAACCUCAAGUGAAAAAGAAUUAACCUGUUAAAUCAGAACAGUUCUCUUUGACCUGUUUUGGUCUAUUGUGUAAAUAUUUAUUUAGACUAUUUUGAUAAUACAUAUUAUUUACCCCACUGUAACAUCCUGUAAACUAAUGUGUUUUUAAGCAAUUUGUAAGACUUGUAAUUACCCUGAGAAUAAGGUUUAUUAAGUAAGCAGCAGCCCCUCCCCCCGACAGCAGCCCUGGGCUGUCCCCAGGCUCUCUGCUCAGCCGACAUGGCCCUUUCCUCAGACACAUGCCCCACAGAAGGAAGGCCUGGCUCUGGAGGCUUGUGCUUUUCGCUAGGACUGGUCUGCAGCGGUGGAGGGAGGUGUUGGGGAGCACAGGAGAGGAGUGUCACCUCCUGGACAGAGUGGCAGCCCACUAGGGAUCGGUCAUUUACAAAGGGAGAGCUGCUCAUUUUGGAACUCUUGAAACUGUUUUGCUUUCGUUUUUGUUUUUUGUUUUGUUUUUUUGUUUUUUGAGACAGGGUCUUUUCACAUAGCCCAGGCUGGCCCCAACCCCCAUGCUGGGAUUACAGGAGUAUGCUGCCAUGUGUAGCUCUCAAAACAGUCUGUGAUGCUUGCUAAGCAAAGCAGGGCCUGGGUACCAAACAGUUCCACGUCAGCAAUCCACAAGUUCUAAGAAAAACACCAUAGACCAACCCUGUCCUGGCUGUUAACUCCUGCAAAUGCAAAUGAUUGACUUGGUGUCACCGUCCGGGGACACAGUGUCUGCAGUAAUGUCAUGUGAGCCACAUGUAUUAAACUUUCCUAAUAACUACUUUUAAAAAGGAGGGCCUAUUGUAUAACCCUAGCUGCCUAUAACUCGCUCUGUAGACCAGCUGGUAUCAGACUCAGAGAGAUCCUCCUGCCUCUGCUUCCUGAGUGCUAGGACUAAAGGUGUGCGCCACUAAACCCAACUAAACAUAUCUUUUAAAUAUUUUCUUAAAAACAUGGUAUUGAUUUUAAUAUAUUUACCAAAAGUACUAUUACUUUGAUGUAAAAUCAUUGAGAUGGUUUCUGUUCUUUUUUAAUUUUGGAAAUCCUGUGUGUAUUAAACAUAUUUCACUUCAGACUAGCUACUUCAGAUCUCAGUGGCCAGAUGUGGCCAGUGGCAGCCAUGUUGGACAGGCAGCCUGUCCUCAUUCCUUGAAGCACAGUACUGUCCUCAGUCCCUCUCACUGUAGCCAGCUACCAGUCACUUAGGACGACUGCCUAGUUCACUAUUCCCAGGUCAUCUCUUCUGAAACAGUGCGGCGGUGGAGCACGGGCCUGUCCUGAGCGCGCCCUCCUGCUGAGCUCAACCCUUUCUGAUAAUUACUUUUUUUUUUUCCUGCUGCUUUGCUUUGGGUCCAUCCCCUCAAAGGUGCACUGUAUUAGUAGAGGGACAGAAGCUGAGAGUUGGCCUUGGGGGAGCCUCAUCAGCUGGUGCACCCUCCUUGAUGGGGUUUGUGAUAGACCCCUGAGCUCUGUCUCAGACUUGACCUUGCUUAUUUGUGUUUUUAAAGAAUUUGUCUUGAUGGCAUCAUGGCUCUGGCCUUUUCCACAUCCAGUGGAAACUUCAUGGUUGAGCAACGAAAGGAGUCAUAGAAAUCCAAUACUAAUAAAGUAUAAAGGCCUGUGGCCAUUCCUGACCACUGAACAUGGAGGGGGCACUGGACCAAGAGUAAACCCCUAUCUUAAUUACGGAAGAGAAAACUAUUUUUUCUUUGUGUGUGUGAGAGAGAGAGGGAGAGUGAGUGAGUGAGUGAGUGAGUGAGUGAGUGAUGGGGUUUUAUUGUACAGCCCUUACUGGCCUCAGACUUGAUGCUCUUGCCUCAGCCGUCCAGUGCUGAGAUUACAGGCUUCUGUAGCCAGCCACACCGGGCAAGAGAAGCCCAUUUUGGAACUUGUGACCCUUCACCCCUCAGGAGAGUGACUGAGGUGGACCAGGGAGCACUUCCAGCUGCACACAUACCAUCCUGAGCCCCUGAGCCCUCAGAGUGCCACUCCCCACCCCGCCCCCGGGCACGCAGAGGCCCUGACCCCAGACCAGGUCCUCUCCGAGUGCCCUUGUCCCGGCCUCCUCGCUGUAGCCCCUGGGCAUCGCUUGCUCCAUGCUCUCCUGGACUCCAAAGGGCCGGAGGCCUCUGCCUCAUGCAUGGUGCUCAUUAUCUUGGCCAAGUAACUUUCUGUCCUUGAACAUCUACAUCCAGGAAUUUUAACUAAAGCAGUGUGGAGUUGUCAGCUUACCUGAGCUCCCACACAACCUGCCUUCCUGUCACUUGUGCUGUCUGCUUUGACGUAAAGCCAGGAGCCCUUGGAGCUGAGGAGGCUGCAGCCUACCACAUGCGCAGCAGGCCUUUGCUUUCCCAGCAACAGUCCUGACAGGCGUGUGAGGUGGGCGGUGCGCCUCACCCCGAGGAGGAGGCUACAAACAGAGGUUUUCAGUCCUAAGUGCUGUCUGUUUACUUUGUCAAGAUCAUGCCUACCCUGUCAGAUUCAAACUAUAGUACUGUGUGAUCGUGUAUAAAGUGUUUUAUUUAUUUGAAAUUAGAUUAGAUAUACAUUUUUAAAUUUAACAUCUGGCUGGACAGUGUUCUAUUAACUCAUUGAAUGUGUUUCCUUUGUCUUGUGUUAAUAAAUAUUGAUGCUUGA